UAGACCUGAGCUGACGACGAGAGAGGUAGUCCACCAUCUCCUGUGAAAUAGAAGAAACAGCAAUAUGCAGGAGCAAACGAUGCACCAAUGAGUCAGCUCCAGUCAUUACUCAUUCCAUGUUCUCAGGCCGAGUGUUGUACGUUCGUUGCGACCAUGUCGGCGGCAGUGGACUUCCAUUCACAGAUCGCCUCCAUCAUGGAGGUGCUGGCUAACGCGGCCGUCGCUGAAAUUUGUAAGAUUGUGGACGACGGAUACGCCGUGAUUCAUCUGGAAAUGUCCCGGAACCAGAAAGAGAACGAGUUCCUGCGGAGGAAAAUCAAACUGCUGGAGCUGCAGAUCUCCCGGUACCGAGCGGAGAGGGUGAAGGGAGCGGAGGGCUCCGUUAGCAGUCGCUUCCCCGGGGUCCGCCUCCUCAACCGGCAGAACAAGGACUCACUGGCCGGCCCCUCUCUGCAGGGCAAGACCAGGUUCCUUAACCGAGGUCCGGGGGCUCAGCAGUGUGUACAGAAGAGCCAGCCUAUCAACCUGGACCAGGAUCCUGAUCAGGAGGUUGUCACCACCACCAAAACUGAGUCAGCAGAGCCUGAGGAGGGGGAGCUGCUGAUCAUCAAGGUAGAGGGAUCUAUGGAGACCGGCGUCACCAACCACGAAGCUCCACUAGAAGCCUGUAUCAGCACCAGAGGAGAUGCCAACACCACCACUUCUAUCACUGCUGCCUUGGAGGACACCGCGGACGGACGGCUGAUUAGAUGCAGCAAUGAAACGGAGGGCCAGGGACGUCUGAAAAACACAAGCAGCCCUCAGAGCCAGGAGGAAAAGAUGGAUGAAGUGCAAGGUGACACCCGAGAGAAACACAGACCCUCCCAAACCCUGCUGGACUGGCAGGAGAGCAAUGAGACUGAAGAUAUGGAGCGGCCAUCUUGUUCCACAUACACACUAGAAACUAUAGCAGGAAACUUCAACCAAACAAGGACAAACCCUGCCUCCAGUUUCCCCACUGUUCCCAGAGUGCCCCAGUGCGACUUGGACCAGGUGAGCUAUGUGUCUAAACGGGACAUCAUUGUUAUCAACUCACAUCCACGAGCAGUGGAGGACAGCUCUGAGAGGGCACUGUCAUCUGGACGAGGUGCAGGGGGCGAAGGUGAUAAAGUGACACCUCUUGGCAGUGUGAGGUCCCAGUAUCAGCCGCUGCUAUGUAUUCAGAUCAGCGAGCCCCCCAGUGAUGUGAUGAAUGAAGGAAAUCACAUCACAACCUUUACCAGCCCCCCUGUGUCCAAGGGAACAGUGGACUCCCAGCACCAGCAAACCCUACAUUUGUGGUCUAGGAUUGGGAUGGGCAGUUCCCAUUUUUCCAGUACAGACCACCUUAAUGAGUCUGGGUCAGUACGGACCAAGCAGCUGCCCUGCCUCCCCUAUGCCUGCACCUUCUGCUCACGCCGCUACGCUCACCAGUGCCAACUGCGCAUCCACGAACGCGUCCACACGGGGGAGAAGCCGUACCAGUGCACCCAGUGCGGGAAGAGCUUCGGCCAGUUCUGCAGCCUCAAGCGCCACCAGAUGGUCCACACGGGGGAGAGGCCGUUUCCCUGCCCCCACUGCGGGAAGCAGUUCUCCACUUCGACAAACCUGAAGGUACACCAGAGCGUCCACACUGGGGAAAAGAGGUUCCACUGCUCCAAGUGUGGCAAGAACUUCUCCUUCCUCAGCAACCUGAUCAGGCAUCAGGCUCUGCACACCGCCAGCUAGAGUAAGUUACUUGAAGGGACAAAAUAACAUGAACAUUUUACAACAGGAUGCAACCAGGACAAAACCACAACAACCCAAGGCUGUUUUAUGACGUGCACAUCAGGACAGAUGAGAUCUGACAGGUCUUCUUUUCAACAGAAUUUUUCAUCAUGUGCUGUAACAUCUUACAUUCAGUGUCAUGUAUGCUUUCACUGACUAAUAAUAAUUCCUCCAUGUCACUCUGUUUCUUCUUUGGAUUCACUUUGGAAAAUGUUUCUAAAAUUCCUGCUCAUUAAAAGGAUAUUACAGUUUA